GGUACGGUCAUUCCGGAAGAUACUGUGCCUUACUCAGGAUUGGAAGUACAUUAUCACAUGAUUAAUGUAGAGGUAUGAGCAUGUUUUACACAGGGGAAUGAUAACACAUUUGAGACGACUAUCUGCACGGAAUGGGCAUGGGAAUGAGAAUGGAAUGGGACGGGAUCGAGAAGGGAGUAACCCCCCAUUCCAUUAUUCUCUAGCCCCCUCUCUUCCCUCCCUUUGACACCUGCUACACAAGCUUAAUUUGAGGCCAACCGUUCUCAGGUUUUAGCGUUUUUCCAAUACCUCGGGAUUCCGUUCAUGGCUCGAAGGUGCGUGGUUGGAAUUUUAAAGCAUAAUGAUGAAAAGGUUUAAAAACAGAAAUAGCCGAAUUGAAACCGCUAUCUAUGCUGAUUAGCUACGCUGAGAAAAUCCUUAGUCAAAGUGUCCGCGGUGAUGUUUGUCAGAGACAAGAGAGAAUGAGAACUAGAAUCUUUUCGGAGAUUAUGGUUGUCUUGCAUUACAGUAAGUUAGUUCAUACGUCUGUAAUGACAUCUGCAAACGGUUAGAGUCUUUAGAUUUCUCAGCUAAGGACGAUAAAUUGUGUGUCCCGUCACGUCUCACAAACUUUGCCACUUUUAAAUUUACGGAACGGAAACCCUCACGCUCAGUUCGUAAAGCCGUAGGAAGACGUAGUCAACGGUGUGGUAUCUCUCUGCUAAAUAGCAUGUGGUCAACCUGGCCAGAUUAGAAAUCAGGCUAUUUGCCGGAUGCUGGAAUAUCACUCAGAAAUUGAACUCAGAAAAUUACAUAUAAAUACUUUUUUCUCCAACUAUAUAGGUUAACAUGAAACACAAUGUGGACGUUAAUUUUACACCAGGAAUACACACCACAAUGGCCAACGUCAGCACCAACAUUGAUUCGUAUUACCCAACACUGGCACAAGCCUACAGUGAAGGUUGGAGAUUGACCAGCUUUUACAGGGUCCCAGGGGCAAAACAGCAGGCAUUUAUGUCAACAGCUGUAAAUAUUCCAUUUCAAGGCAUUUUUACCAAGUAUGUGCUUUAUUCUGAUAGUUGGUUAGCUUGCGUAGCGCGCGCCGGGUAUGUGAAAGGACAGUCUCGAACCCAGAGCUCUUCUGCGCAUGACAGCCAGGGAGAAAGUCAGAAACCUAAGCACUGGGCUCAGGAUUGGGUGGAAGGAGAAAAAUAAAAGACGCGCGCGCAUGCACACGAGUGUUACCCUGACGCGCGCUCUAUAAAAACUAAUAAAAAAAACUAACCGGCGCCUGCCACGCAGGCUAAUACAGCUUCGGCUUCUUCUUUUUACUCACCUAAAAUUCAAAGGGGGACAGACUGCCUGUAGUUGUUGUCGCUAGAAAUAUUUGAUAGUCCAUUGACUGUCCAUUAGAAGGAUUUCCUCGGAUGAAAGGAUGGAAGAUCUAAAGUAACUAGGGUGGGGUGAUAAAGUCGCCAAUAUAAAACUAAUAGUGCGUCCACUGUAAUUUUUUUUCUCUUUUCGUCACUUUCUCUCCUUAUCUUAUACAUAUAUCUAACUAGUCGAUUUUUUGAAAACGAGUCUAACGAAAUUUUUACCCAUUUGAGUGAAAAAUGGCCACCGAAUGAAAUGGCAGGUUUUUUUCACCCGAUAAGCUGUAAAAUCGCAGCAGCGAUGGAAAAGGAAAGGACAGCAAGGAAGAGCGAGGAAGAGGAAAGGAGGAGAAUAUAUGAAAAAGCAGGUUGCACUCUUAGUUUUUAUCAUGGGCACUUUGGAGAUAAUUUAUGGCCAAAAAAAAACAAAAACUGUUUGACGUAACAGUUAGCUUUGGCGAUAAUGUUUUUAAAAAGCCGACUAGAUACUCGUAUGACGGCGUUUAUCCACUGACCAGUUUAUUUUUAGAUCGGUUUUGGCGCGAAUUUUGAGUACCUGUUAAAUUCAACAAACCAGUCAUCAAAACCUACAGACCUAAAAAUGAUAUUUUUGCCUUUUAAUAACGUUUAGUUUUCCUUUUUGAUAUCUUAUACUUCGGAUGCGCUCAUAGACAUGUUGGAGAUUCUAUUUUCGCGGGAAAAAGUGCCCUAGCAUGCAUGGACGUCGCUUGCUCCGGGUUAUAGGCUCCUGGAAAAGAUGAAUUUGUUGCUCGCGUUUCAGAAACCAACAUCGAUCGAUUUACGGCAAUGGGUAGUUAGCCCCUGGCUCCAUCAACCCUGAACUUAUAGGAACAGGGGUUGCUCUUUGUCUUGAAUGUUCCAGGCGUUCAAAUUGUGAGGAUAACAGAAAGAAAAUAGAGCAGGAAAAACAGCGAGGGGGUUAUACUUUCGCUUUCCCUCCUUCACCCUCCAUUUCGUACCACUCUCAUGCAACAAUCUGAAUGCCCGGAACAGGAUACUCUUUGCCUGGUCUCUAUCCUCGUCUAACCCGGCCUUGUACCCAAGCCAGUUCGCUCUAUCCGAGUUACCAGAUGAGGCUUGGAACCGAGUGCGAUAUCGAAUUUUCCCGACAAGCUUGACAAGUGGCUUCUCAUCCGAAAUCGCCGAGGACGACUGGGUACAAGGCUGGUCUAACCCCGCAUGAUAAUCAGAGUCCAGAGAGGUGCCAGCCAAAGCUGAAGCUGUUACAAUUAUCGUUUCAUUUUGUUUACAGUUUUCAGUUCCAGAAUACAACCAAUUAAUUUCCUUAUGAAUUUCCUUUCCAGAUGAUACUGCAUGACGUAAAAUUACACUUAAGUUAGAGAUAGUUAAAUUACAUUUUAGUUCAAACCGAAUUUAAAAAGGUAUUACUUAAUUUUUGAUGUCAUUUUGAGCUAACUCCAUUUAUAUCUCACUAAAUAAGUAAUAUAACAAAAAGCCGACAAUUAAAGAAGUUGUGUAGGAGCUAUCACAUGACUGUGCUAUAAAAGAAGAAUUCAUAUUUAUCACGACCUUUUGCAACUGUUUUUAGAUUUCCCACAGCUCCUACCUCUAGUGAGAGCUGGCAGCUGAAGGUGGAGAAAUCCAUUAUGCUUGUGGAAAGAGUCAGACAAAGAAUAUCCAAAAGGAUUCACACUUUUAAGACAGAUGUCGAUACCGGUGAUAUUUUUACUAAAAUCACCCAGGUAUAGUACUGAGAGAAACAUCGUAUAUAUCAGCAUAAUGUAUGUUCUUUCCUGAUCUUGGAAAUUCGUCAUUAUAUAAUGGCUAAUGACUAGCUCUCGAGGGGCUGGGUGAAGUUCUCCCUAGGUCCCUCCCUAUUAUGGCCUUCGCUGGAAGGCUCUGUCCGGUCGGGGUAGGGGAAAGGGGCAGUGUCUGUACACAGGCUAUCUCAUGUUUUACUUCAACACCAACAAACCCCAGUUUUUUUCUGCCGAAUACAAGCUGUACUAGAAAAUCGCAGGUUAUCUCAGGGAAGGGGGGGCGUAACCCUGCACCCUCCCCCUAGAUCCGCCCCUGGGGAAAUUUGUCAUUUCGGUAACCAAGUCUACAGAAAACAACUCCAUCGACAGACUUCUGAUGUGCCCGGCUCAACAGGUCCAGGGGGCAGCUGCCCCCUUGCCCCCUCACUAGUUACCGUUCUGCAGUGUUGUUUUGUAAGUAUGUGAACGGGGUAAUAUUUUUCAAUGAAAGGUUUCCACUAGUGGUACUUUUUCUGGUAUAUAAAUAAGUAAGGGGUUGGGACUUGAUUGCAUUACCUGCCUCGUCUACGCGCAAAAGUCGGACCAAUUAAGGUUUCUGGGGAAACUGCCCACCCACCCCUCCCCUAAGCCAUCAUUUUUCCCUAAGUGAGAAGUAAGUGUUAAUGUUAGCAUAGGCAAGGGGUAGGUGGGCAGUUUCCCAGAAACCUAAGUUUAUCCCAAAAGUCUGUCCCAGGGCCCAGCAACCAUGAUGUUGAAAAGGUCCGCGGUUCCGUAUGGUCCGUCCCUCUUUUGUACUUGACGAGGACGGCUACGAAAACCAGAUUUUCUCAAUACUUAACAUUAAGUAGUGCGCCCUUGAACUAGCGUCAUUUUGGUGGGAAAACGUGAUAAUAGUCCUUAUUUCACUACGAGUUUUAGCAAGAAUGUCGUAGUUUUUUUGGAAACAAGUGAUGAAAAGUUAGAAGACAAAUUUUACCAUUUCAUGAUCGGGAGACGGCUUAACCUCCUUCACAAAUCUCGUCCACAUAGUCGUCCUCGUCCUGGAAUCGACUUUUUGACGGGGGAGGGGGUUGGUGGAAAAUUUUGAAAUAACUUGUUUGCAUAGGCUGUAAACACUGAAAUAAAUUCUAUGCAAGUAAAAAAUAAAGUUUUCGCAGGAAGAUGGAGACAAACAAAAAAAGGAGCAGGAGCCGCAUAUAAAAAAAAUGUUGCGUGUGAAAAUUUUCCAACCCCUCCUCCUCCCCCCCGUCCAAAAAAAAUAAUGGUCAAUCCCUAAAGGCAAAAGUGUCUAAAAAAAUAUGAUCAUUUCAGAAUACAGAAACUGGAGGUCAGCUGAUAUGUGUGGAGAUCACAGGCCAGUUGAAUUCACAAGGAACGAAUACGAGUUUUGGAAGGACUGGGGUAUUGUCAGCAGGUAAAAACGAUUGCGAGGUCAAUAUACUAAAUACGUGUUAGAAUGAGUUUGAAGUGCUUACCCAGCAACUUGCCAGCUGUAGUGGCCGUGUGGAAACAGUAUACUCUAUCUCAUCUAAAAAUAAGAAACUUUCAAAUCGAUAAUAACUUAUUAAUAAUAAUGAUGAAGGCGAUAAUAAUAAUAAUAAUAACAAUAAUCAUCAUCAUCAUCAUCAUCAUGUGAUCAUCAUAAUCAAGUCAUCAAUGUGGCAUGUCCUUUUGAUACCAGAAUUGCAGAAAAAGAACGUGAGAAGAUUGACCACCAACAGGACUUAAAAGUGGAAAUACAAAAGAUGUGGAACUGGAAAAGCGUAUCUGUUGUUCCAGUUGUAUUUGGGGUACUUGGGGCAGGGACCAAAAACUUGAUGAUGUGGGUUACUACGAUAGGAACACUUACUCCAGAAAGCCUGCUUGUUGGGAACAGCAAAGAUCUUAAAAAGGACCCUAGACACUCAAGGCUAUAGGAAAUAGCUUGAUGAUCUAGGGAUACGUGCCCACCGAUACAACAAGUGGUGUGAGAUAUGAAUAAUAAUAAUAAUAAUAAUAAUAAUAAUGAUAAUAUUAAUAAUAAUGAUAAUAGCGAGGGCCUUUGCCAAGGCCGGUUUUCCGUGGGGCCUCCAUAGGACAAGUGAACGAUGACGUCAUUUUACUAUUUUUGGACCAGAAUUCUUCAGUCUGACAUUUUUCGUGGACAGAUAAGGGCCAUUAAUUUUUUUAAACUUUACUGGGAGUGAGAAGUUUAAAUAAGAAAGCAAAAACAAAAUGAAUUCUAGAAUUUUUAGUCAAAUGAUGUCAUCGUGAAAAUGGUAGCAGUUCAAUGCGGUUCACGAUUCACCAACCGGGCAAAACGACAAAUCAAGUUAUUAGAGUUGUUCCCUGCCCGCGCGCAGAUAUUUCUUUGGCCUGGUUUUUGACAUGUGCGAAGUCGUUAGCGUCACUGUCAUUGCCUGAAGUUGCAAUGCAAGCCAACCUAUGCGAUAGGAUUUUGUUAGGGCGAAAGGGGAAAUUUCAAAGACGUGCGAGUGCACUUCGCGUUCCCCUCGCGCGCCCCAAGCCAAAAAUCCUAACCGGCGCCUAUCACGCAGACUACCUACGCUAAUACCAGCGACGCGAAAGACUCCGCACAUGCUGAAAACUCUGCGUGAAAGAAACCUCUACCAGUUGGAUACUAGAGCUGUAAUUUUUGCUAUAUCUUUCAGGUAUGGGAGUUGAUUUAUUUUUUGACAUACCAACUCACCCAAACCCUCGACGCUUUAUAUACCAAACAGUCAACGUGCCUAUCGAAGAAUCGGUAUUACCACCCCGUCUUGGGUCUAUACCAAAGCAUACGUUUUCUUGUGAUUGGCUUGGUCAGAUGACCACAUUUCUACAACAAGGCUGGCGACUGGUAGAAAUUUUCCUGGAUAUGUCAAGUGCUCCAAGAGAUCAAAGCCUUGAAGCUACGGUCAAUUCGGUUUGGUUUUUUGAGAAAGAGGCCAGUCGAGUUAACGACCCCAGCCCUGUUUAUGAAGGCACUGUUAUAGAGUACGAACACAAACUGUCAGCGGGACUCACCUCAAUAAGUGCGCCCCCUCAGUGGGAAUCACUUCUGUGUGAAAUGGGAAAACGCGGAUGGGAACUAGCUUGCAUCCUGGAAACGCCAGACAUCAGGAUCACAGGAUUACAGCAAUUUAAAAUGAAACUUCUAAUGUUUUUCCAAAGAAAACUUUCAGGCACUUCAUAA